AUGCUAGACCCCAUUUCAGUUGAAGCUCCCGAGGAUAAUAACCUACCCUCCGUUGAAUACUUUGAAGGUGACCCAAGUGAUCCUUCACCCGACGCUAAUCUGAACCAUAUAGGUAACAAUAGCUUUUCGUUGCUCUCGGUGGUGGAGAUUGAUGGUGCUGAAGUCAAUGGUCCCGAGGAUCAGGUGGAGGAAAAAAAUGGAGUUCGUAUUGACAUAAGGGAUCAUGAGAGGACAGCAUCGCUUAUGAGGAGUGGCUCUGAAAAAGUAAACUCGAGUGAGCGCGCAUUUAGCAACAGCGCUGUGAGCCACAUAAAUAAACCAGAAGAUAAUAGCGGAAAUACCUGGCCCGAAAGCAAUGAUCCUGCGACUCUUCGUAAGAUUAUAAGUGCACCACUACUCCACUCAAGCACUCUACAAUCUUUCUUUUUUUUGGUCUGUUGCUACGCGCAGGAGCACUUUCGCGGCCGUUUAUAUUACCCGACCGCACCCUGCACUUUACUUGGUAAGGAGCCAACUUCUGAGGAACACGUGAACCACCCUGUCGAAACCCCAGAAAAUAAUCUUAAAGGACCUGGGCUUGAAGAAGCGGUGAAGACCGCAACAGAUGGAUGCCACUCGAUCACCCAAAGAGAGGAAAAGUUUUUCUUGGAUCCCCUGAGCACAUCCCUCUUUAAUAACACGUUGUGUGAUGCAGGAAGGGAAAAUGCUUUUUGGGUGCGUCCAGAAAAAAAUUGGAUAGAAAAACCGGCUUCACCUUGCAGAUCCACUGAGGAGGACGGGGCACAAGACAAACAGAAGAGAAGCGAAAACAAGACGAAAGACUCACACAUGAGUAGGUUAUCUUGUUGUGGAAAUGCAGCCGUGGGUGAGUAUUUCCAAGCUGAGAUUCAAACUUGCUAUGCGAUUGAGGAUGCAUUGCGUCGUUUUCUUCGUGCAGAUGAAAACCGUAGGUCCACCGAGGCUGUGGCUAAUUAUUCAGCUCCUGGUGAUGCUCCUGAAGGGGGUGGGGCCUCCGAGACAUACCUGCCAGGGACUGCUGACCGGCCAAAGGUCAAGAGUUUUGAAGGUUGGUUAGAUCAAAACCCUCUAGUCUCGUCAUCUGAAACAAUAGACAACAAAAUCGAUCAUUCCACGACGACCACGUUUGUCUCUCCCUGUCCAACAUCCUUGGACUACUUCAAGCAACAUAUAGUUACACUUUGGCGUGAGCAACUUCAAAAGCGGUAUAGUGAACAGGAGUCUGAGGAUAAUCGGCGCUCUUUCAUGAGGAUGCAGGAACUGCCCUAUUUAGUGACUGAUGCAGUACACUACGCUUUACUCCUUACCCAACUGCAGUCGGCUUCGCCUUUGCCCGCUGGCCUAAGCGGGUGGCGCCCUGUAAGUGGUCUAUGCGACUGCGCACAACUGCCAUACUACAGGUAUCCCCCACCUUUAUUUCGAACUAGCUCGUUUGCUGGUGAAACAACACGAUUAUUGGGUUGGCUGCGUACAUGGAGGCCACCCGCUGAAGCACCAACCGCAGCCGGCUUCACUGAAAACAGCAACAGUCGAAACAGAAGCAAAGAGAACGCACCUCGGGGUAACACAAAAUCCCAUGCAAGCAUGGUUGGGGAGUCACAAGGGGAAAAUCUUGGAAAUAUAAAAGUGGCUUCACCACCUUCCAUCACUCAACUAAAGAAGGAGGGAAGCUGCUCCAUUGAGACUGAGGCAGGCAUCUCAAUGACUGAUAGGAGAAAAUCACGCCUACGCUUAUCUACAAACACCACUGUUACAAAAGCAGAAGAGCAGUUAUCGAUAGCAAACGAAACGCGCUUAAACGGUGGAGAUGAUGGUGGAAAGAUCCCAGGAAAGGGCCCGCGAAGGGCCGUUCCGAAACGAUUCAUGUUGGAUUCCUCACCGGACGGGUGUCGUCCGACGCGCAAACUCCCCAAAACGGAGGAACAAAUGCCCGAGUGUGGUAUGGCAACGUGCGAGUCAUCGCCUAUCCUCUCAACACCUUCGGUCCCUCCCCAGCCACACCGUGUGCCUGCCCAAGAGGCCUACAAGCGGUACUGUCGGCUUUGGCAGGAUACCUCGUAUGAGGCCCGCCCCAGCCAGCGCAUCUCAGGAGGGCUCGCACACAAUUGCCCAGAGCCCCCAUUGCGGUCUGUUGCAGCCCCAUCGGUUGCUCAGUCAGCAUCCUCACGCGUAUGCGCGUCGCUGCCGUUUUCUAAAGAAAUACGAAGAGAAGAGGAAACCACCGCCCUGGGGACGAUAUGUGGGACCUAUGUGGACGCCUUUGGCAGCCGUCUGCGCAGCGCAAGGCUUGCGAGGCUUGAAGCUGAGCGUCUCGCCCAGAAACGUUUGAUAAGUCAAAAACGUUCAAAGCGGCGUGGAUAUUUUACUAGAGAUGACACCGAGGAAGAUAUUGAUCUCCUAGGCAGGAUAACCACAGGCCCCAUAUUGAAUGACUUUCCUCUCGCGUUACAGCAACAAAAACAUCAGUGCACCCUUCAGUAUGAGUCGGGUGUCACUGGCCCAUCCAUGUCCCAUGAUAAAAUGGCUGAUAGGAGCAGCCGAUGUCUAUCAUCAUCAUCAUCAUCCCCAGAGACGCUAUCUUCCAACGAAGACAGUGAAAAUGACUUAGAUGAUGGUAUCACAAACAUCGCCGUGCUCAGUGGGCCGACUGGCUCUGGUAAAACAGCCUCAGUCUACUUGGCAGCUGAGCUGCUUGGUUUCCAGGUCGUCGAAAUGAACACUUCGGUGCAGCGGUCAGCGAAAAGCGUCGAACAUCUCCUUGCAGAGCUUACACGCAGUCAUCGCCUAUAUCGAUCCAAACACGGAAAAUCAACUGUAAGCAUAGAAGAGGAGCUCAAUAAGUUGAAGCGUGAGCAUGCCAUAAUGAUGAAGGCACGGGUUGAUCAAGCGGCAGCAGCGCGUCUAGGUAAACGGAAGGCGUCGGAUAAGCGAAGGGCAAAUGGUAUAUCUGCCCAAGCUGUCGCUUCAUUCUUUGGUCGCAAGACUCCUAAAAAUGACAAAGAAAAUAGUGAGAUGGAAGCGAAGAGCACCGCAGCGUCACAGUCAACAUCUCGGGAUACCACAAAAAAACUCAGUGCCCCUUCGGUGAUCUCCUCGACAAGCAAAGUCGUCAACUCGGUAGCCACAGGCCAAAGUGAAAACACUCACACUCCGGGGGUUAUGGAGGAUAAUUGCGCUAGUGAUCUUAACAACCGGAGUGGCAAACGAACUUCGAGUGCCACCCUCCUCCUGAUCGAGGAUGCCGACAUCUUGCUUGGCAAUGAGGCUUCAAAACCCUUCUACGCUGCGAUACGCGACCUCGCAAAGAAGAGUAAAGUCCCGUUGGUGGUUACGGUGUCAACUGACCCCUUGUCUGCAGGGCUAGGGCAGCCCCUAUAUAAGGAAGAUGCCUUCGGAUCGAAUCGAUACGAUCUGGAGGAGAGCAGCAUGCGACUGUUUUCGAUGCUGCAUCCCAAGGACAAUGGCAAAGGUUCCGUUCCUGAUGCCAGAAAUCACAAUGAUGCGCUUGCCGACUUAACAGAGGCACAAAACUAUCUCUACGGCGAUGGGAAUGCCGUAGAGCAGACCUCCGAGAAUAAUCAAAGCAACGGGUGCGGUUUCGUACGCGUUGCGAUGAGUGCAGCACUGGUAGCACAGUAUUUUGGUAAGCAAACCCCGUUUAUGACUUUGCAGCCAAUGUCAAAGGCAGCGUUGUUUACCGAACUACUGGUCAUUGGCGCAGUGGAGCUGGGCCUGAUCAAGGUCCACCGCGCAGACGCUUCGACUGGUAAUGAAAACUUACCUGGAAACGAUAGAGCUGGGCUCCCGAAGUCGAGAGAAGCAUAUCUUGCCACUCAAAUGGAGUCUGUUGGGAACGACUGUGUUGAUGGUGAUUCAAAGAGCCCAGUAUCCACAGAAAAGGGGAAUAUAUCGCAGGAAUAUAGCCUUGAGUUGUGUGAUGUUGAACGCUUUAAGGAACUUUCGGCACGGUUACGUGAAGAAAUCUAUGGCCGAGAUGUCUCACAGCUCAUAUGUAGCCCUUCAUGCAGCGAAAACCAUCCGUAUCUUACUGCGGCGUCCGCAGUGGCAGCCACAAAAAUGUUUAGCAACACCGAUAUUCGAUACUGGUUGAACCGACUUCAUUGGCUCCUACUGGACUCUCGCACUGAGGCUGCGACACCCGCUGUGGGGAAGGAAGCCCUCAAGGCCAACGCCCAGACCGUCGCCGAGUGUGUGAAUCACAUCGGGUCCGACUCGUCACUGAAUACCAUCGGGCACGUAUCAAACGCGGCUGAAAUCGUUCAAAAGGCAUUUCUCAGGCUGCCAUGGCAGGAAGCUACGGCAUGGGAUGCGCUAUACGGCCGCUAUCAAGCAGCGGUCAGCUAUAACGAACUGCAUUGCCCACGCCAAGAGCGGUGGUCAAGGCAACAUCUUGUGACGUGUUCAGCGGCGGAUAUACUGACUGAGCUUAAUACUUGUGAUGUACCUUUCCAAUCUCAGGUUACACAGGAGGUUCUGAUAUCUGCUUCACAUUCCUCGUCCUCCCCACAGUUGUUCCCGAGUGGCUCACCGGCGUCACCGGCGGCCUCUUUCAGUAGUGACCUUAGUGCGGCGUCUACUUCCUUUGCCACGGUGCCUAUCGUCUCAGCCGCGGAGGAAGUCGCUUCGAAGGCUCCAGGCAACGCUGUUUAUGGAGGUGCUACCUUUCUAUCUCAGUCAACUGAAAAGUGCAGUCCUGAUCUCGUUGGACUCAAGCCUGUAGAUGCGUUCCUCCCUUACGGUGAUGCCCAACGCUGGCUUCAGGUGCUUAACGACUGCAACCUAAGUGGAACUGGUGCACAGACGGCUAGUUGUAUACCUUCAUUACCACCACGUCCAUUCAGUGUGACUGCUUCAUCUCUACUCGUUGGGGGGCACUUUGAAGAGAUUUGUCGCCCACAGAUCUCGAUACCUAUAACAAUUGCACCAACGACAAAACAGCGUGCAAAUGCACUUGAGGCCUGGUGGAAGCGUACAAGAAAACGUGAAGCUAUCAAAAACUACGUAGUCGGACGCUCGGCGCACGUUUGCGAGGACCUUUUGGGUGUUAGCAGCCUCUUAACUCCAUCCACAAACACUAUGCCUACUACAUCGAUUCUUUAA